GGGAAGGGGUGGGGUUUCGCGCUAAUGAAGUCUGCUUUAGAGCGAGGCCUGGGACGGGCCCGGAGACGGGGACCCGGAGGGAGCGGGGGCGUGCCCUAAGGGAGUGGGCGUGGCCUGGAGAUCUGGGCCGCAGGUGGCUUCCCAAGGCCUGCUGUGCGAGCGAUCUGGGGUUUCUUAGUGGUGUUUGGGUGACUACCGUGUUGCUGCUCCACAGGAGGAUGCUGGUGGUGGAGGUGGCGAACGGCCGCUCGUUGGUGUGGGGCGCCGAGGCGGUGCAGGCGCUGCGGGAGCGCCUGGGCGUGGGGGGCCGCACGGUGGGCGCCCUUCCUCGCGGGCCCCGCCAGAACUCGCGCUUGGGCCUCCCACUGCUGCUUUUGCCCGAAGAGGCGCGCCUCCUGGCCGAGAUCGGUGCCGUUACCCUGGUCAGCGCCCCUCGCCCGGAUCCCAGCCAGCACGCCCUGGCUUUGGCGUCAUACAGAUGCCAGCAGGAGCAGAGCUUCCAGGAGCAAAGCGUGUUGGCGGCCGAGGCCCGUGAGAACCGGCGUCAGGAGCUGCAAAAGAAGAUCGCCGAGGGCCAGGCUGCCAAGAAGCAGAAGCUGGAGCGGGAUGCUAGGGCCGGCGGGAGCCGAGCUGCCGAAGGGAGCCAGACUGAGCCCGAGCCUGAGCCUGAGCCCCAGAAGGAAAUCAAGACAGGAGGUGGCCAGGCCUCUGGGGAGCCAAGGGAAGCAGGGCCCUCCUCUCCUCGAGUAGCUUCGGACAGAGUGGUGCCCUUGCCCAGGUCUGCCCUGCUGGUCCAGCUGGCCACCUCCAGGCCUCGGCCUGUGAAGGCCAGGCCCCUGGACUGGCGCGUGCAGUCCAAAGACUGGCCCCAUGCUGGCCAGCCCGUCCACGAGCUGCGCUAUAGCAUCUACAGAGACCUGUGGGAGCGUGGCUUCUUCCUCAGCGCAGCGGGCAAGUUUGGAGGUGACCCGCUGCGUUUCCACGCGCACUACAUUGCUCAGUGCUGGGCUGCCAAGGACCCCAUCCCGCUGCAGGACCUGGUCUCUGCAGGCCGCCUGGGGACCAGCGUGAGGAAGACGCUGCUGCUGUGCUCCCCACAGCCCGAUGGCAAGGUAGCCUACACCUCCCUGCAGUGGGCCAGCCUGGGAUGAGGCCAGAUGUGGUCUGGCUGGAGCCUCCCACAUUCUCCACAGGGCAGCACCUGCUUCUCUCUGGGUUAGUUUUGACCCCUGGGCCUGAGCGCUCCUGUCCAUUGGCUCUUCCAUUUGGGGACUUGGCUGUAUACUUUGGUUUUCCGUGUCCAGGCUGCAGGCUUCUUAGGAGUGGGGGCUGGGUUCCAUUUAGCUCUGUUUUCUGCAGGGCUGAGGGCCCAGCACCUCUCAAUAAACUUGUGGAGUGUUUGUCACA